ACGGGGCAGCCAUGUCGUAGGUGUACAGGUGGCCUGGCGUUUAGGUAAGAAGAAGACGACUGGCACUUGGCGGGAAAGGGGGAGGGGCUUGGGCCGAAGUGAAAGGAGGGACGAGGUGCAUACACGCUAGCGAGAGACGCCAAGGCCAUGACCUCAGCGCUUCGCACCACCCACUGCAACCACAACACACGACCGCAUUCUGUUGUCAAAACCACCGGCACAGUCAGGAUAUAGUUGCGAGUUUCUUCUCUCCUCGCCCGCCAUCCCCCUUGGACAUGGCCGACUCGCCUGCCUCCGCAACGGGUGCCCUGCCUGGCGAGUCCCCCGCCCAGACAAAGGCCAGACUACGCAGAGAGCGUCUAGCAGCAAAGAGCGGCGCUUCUCGUCUGCAGCAGAUCACGGCACUGCAAGGCGGCCCGCCCAGGGAUCUCAGUGAGGUUGAGAAGGAUGUUCCGGUCAAGCCUGCCCCAAUCCCUUUUCCCCAGCGCACACCCUCUAGGUCUGGAACAGCCACUCCUGACCCAGAUGAGGUAGACAUAUCACAACACCAUUAUCCACCCGUAUCUCGUCCCCGACUCCCCUCGCCCUUUGCUCCCGAGGCCAACCAGACAGACCCUUUUGGCCCAGGGCAGGCCUCAGACCCAGCCCAGGACCCCAUGAUGGCAAUGCUCCAGCAGAUGAUGGGCGCGGGUGCAGGUGGUAUGCCUGGCAUGCCCGGCGGUCCUGGCCAGGCAGGUGCACCACCGGGCCUUGCCAACAUGCUUUCGGCCAUGCAAGGUGGUGGUGCUGUUCCUGAGCCCUCGCCCGAUCAGUCUUCAGCCUGGAUCUGGCGCCUGGUGCACUCCGUCUUCUCCCUAGGACUCGCUGUCUAUAUAGUGUUACAGACGCCGUUUACCGGAUCCAAGUUCUUACGCGACAAUGUGCCCGACGAUGACUGGACCACCCAGUCUUCGCCAGCCGACAACUUUGCGCACUUUUUCUAUCUCUUUGCUACUUUCGAGGUUAUCCUACAGUCUUCACGCUAUUUCAUCGAGAAAGGUCAGUUGCAAGGAGGUGGCAUGCUCAGCACGGUCGCGGGUAUCUUGCCCGAGCCGUAUGCAGGAUAUGUGAGGACAGUUGGUAGGUACAGCGUCAUAUACAGCACCGUUGUGAGCGAUGCCAUGGUUGUGGUAUUCGUCUUGGGCGCCACAAGCUGGUGGAAAGGUGCUGCUGUUGCAUGACCUUGUGCGGCUUUGAUGCAAAUAGAGUAAUGGUAUGACGACUAUCUCCAUCGCCCGGUUCCUGUUUUGACACAGCGCAAAUUUUGGUGCUACUCUGUGAAUUACAAGCAGCCAAUACAAUGUCACAGGGUCUGGAAAAGUUGCAAUGUAACACAUCAGUGUCCACGUGAAAGUGCUUUUCCGACUCGGUUAUCUUUAGCUGCGUCUCAUCGGUUUGUGUACGACCAUCGCCAAGGUACAUAUGUUGCGUAUGCAAGUCAUAGCUCGUUGCACGUAGUACGAGAUGCUAUAUGUAUUGUCUCCAUACAAGUCUCAUUCUUUGAUACACCAUCAACUCUAUACCCAUCGUUGCAGGUACACCAUACGUCUUCUGCAACACCAACCCAUUACCAAUAGGCGAACAACCCU